ACUUAAAAGAAUUUUCAAGUAGGUAUAUCCGCCGCUUAGCGGAGACCACUCUUGUUGAAUUGAUUGGUCAAGGCACCCACGUCAACAGAGUAGAUGGAAGAUUUGUACACGCAACUUCAAUCUGUCAACAUUAUAUAUAUAUAAGAACCAGCGGUCACAGAGAAGAGCAACCACAGCUAAAUCUGAUCAUGGCAAGCGAGGAUACUGUGAAGCUUUUGGGAUUUUGGGCUAGCCCAUAUUCCAGGAGGGUUGAGUGGGCUCUGAAACUCAAGGGUGUUGAUUACGAGUACGUGGAGGAAGACAUCUUUAACAAGAGCUCUCUUCUCUUGGAGCUCAACCCAGUUCACAAAAAGGUUCCCGUCCUGGUACACCGCCAGAAAGUGAUCUCUGAAUCGUACGUUAUUCUUGAAUACAUCGACGAGACAUGGAAACAGAGUCCAUUAUUGCUGCCUCAAGAUCCUCAUGAAAGAGCCAAAGCCCGAUUUUGGGCCAGAUUUGGAGUAGAGAAGCUUUUGGAAGCUGCAUAUAAUGCUUUGUGUUCCCUGGGAGAGGAAAAAGAAAAGGCGCUGAAAUUAGCAAUAGAGGCCAUGGAAAAGAUAGAGGAAGAGAUCAAAGGGAAGGAGUUUUUCGGAGGGGAGGGCAUUGGGUAUUUGGACAUUGCAUUGGGGUGGAUCUCCUACUGGCUGCCUGUUUGGGAGGAAGUUGGGUCCAUGCAGAUUUUGGACCCACUCACAUUUCCCGCCACCACUUCAUGGGCGAAGAAUUUUCUGAAUCACCCAAUUAUCAAGGACAACUUGCCACCUAGGCAGAAAAUGGUUCUUUAUUUUCUUGAACGCAGCAAAUUCUUGUCCUCUCUUCCUCGCGGGUGGAUUAAGAUUUAGUUAUAUGUAUGCUUUAAUUUCUUGUGCUAAAAUCCCUAGAGUCUAAGGUUUCGAAAGAUAAAUGUAUUGAAUUCUUUCUUAAACCAUCAGUUAUUCUAAAAUCUUAAAGUUUAU